AAAAAAUUUAAAAAAUCACUUGCUUUUAUUGUGAGUUUACAGUUUUUAUGGAGCAGAGGGCACAUUCUAAAAUAAUAGCAACUUUUAUUCAGAGUUUCCCUUCUUGGGUUACUGUACUAAAUGCUUUAUAGGAGUCGCCUGAAGUUGUCCUCUCAAUGUCCGGCCAGCACAGUGCCUGACAGUCUGGAGUCUUUCUCAGUCUUGGUUGUGGAAUUACUGAAUGAGGCAUACCUGUUUUACAGGUAAAGAAUUUGAGGCACAGGGAUUGUGUAACUAGUCCAAAAUCAACAUGGAGUUGGUGAUGAAAUUAUCUAACCUGCAGGCCAGCCCCAGAACCUGAGCUCUUAAGCACAAAUUCUAGUGAAAGACAACCCAAAACAUUCAUUACCCUCACUGCAGACCUGCAUAAGACAGGCUGCUUUGGUUAAAUCUCACACAGUAGGCAGUGUCUGGCCAGGCAUUCGAAGUAAAACAAACAAAAAAUUUUGUUUUGUAAUUUGGUAGACUGUUAAAUUGAUUUUUCACUCAGGAUAAUGGCUACUUUUCAGUUUGCUGUGUACCAUUUAUAGCUCUGUUGUGAGGGCAUCAAUAUUGAUUGUCUAGGAUGUGUACUUGGGAUAAGAUACCCCGUGGGUGCUCCGUCAACAUGAUGCAAUGAAGAUGAUUUGAAUCCUUGAAGAGCCAGUCUUUUAGAUCACUCCCCAAUUACUAACUAGAAGAAUGUAAUGUGUCACAGGUAAAUGGUAGCUGUGGCACUUUAUCCCCAAGGGGUUGUGCUAGUAUAAUAUGUUAGUCAUGGUAAUACCUCUUGGACAAUCCCAGGAAGAAUCAGGACAUCGGAUAUGUCGCAUCAAUGUUGGCAUGUCAACAGUCUGUCCAAAAUCAAACCCUUAACACCACAAACCUGCUUCUCCUUGGUGACUUGUAUUAACAGCCUCCCAGUAACCAGACUUGAAUCAUCUUCAAUUCUUCCUUCUUUCUCCCAUGAACCAUUGUCCUUUCUAUCACCAAAAAUUCUUUAAUCCCCAAAACGUGACCUAAUCCCAACACCUCGGCUAUGAUUAGCAUUUAUAUAAACUGGAAUUAAUGCACACUCUUGCCUUUGCAAUCUAUUCUUACACUCCAGCCAGUCACACUAAAAAAAAUAAAACCUGACAGAGUAUAAACCCAAUUUAAAGAAAAAGCCGAAACUCAAAAACAAAGUUUGAGUUUGCCAUAAUAUUUUUAAAAAGUCAAUAUGCAUUAUUGUGUAGCACAUCUCAAACGUUAAUAUAUUUACUUAAACGUUAAUAACAUAUUUACUUUAAAUGUCAUUCAAAGCCUAGUUACUAAAGUGUUAGUGUUCUCAAAGACUUGGUAUUUCUACACCCCAGCAGUCAAAUAUAACUUAAGUGUAAUAAUUUAAUAAUAAAGUAGUUCUUUAGCCCUAAAAAAAAACAACAACACUAAAUGCAGUGUGCAUGCACUUGCAUAAGGUAGGACCUAAAAUUAGGGAUCACCCACAGAAAGAAUGUUUUUUAUUCCCUGAUUACCAGUAAAAUGAAUAGGCCAAUGGCCAGGAGGAAGCCCAUGGCUGAUCCCAUCCUGAAAGGACUGCAUUGCGUGGGAAACCAGAGAAGUUGGUGAGCAUUUGCUCUAGUGUCCAAGAGCACAUCCUUUACGUUUUCUUGCCACCCAAAUCCAGUAAAGAAGUGCCGGGGACGAGAAUAAGAGAGGAAGUAGGAGGAGAGAGAUGGGCAGAUGGACUGGGAUCCCAGGGAAAGAAUUGCCCGCCUAGCCACACCCCGGUUUCCCAGGUAACGCGGUAAACAGAACUUGAGCUCCUUUUCCUCUGUGAACUCCAUAGGUGUAAAGUGGUAGGUAGAAAGUAGCGGGGAGUGAAGAUGUGCUCUUUCGUGAGAGUAGGGUCCUCCAAAGGGCUAGAGCCCCCAAAGAAAUUGGAAACUUCCCUUGAGACCGGUACAGGUUUCCCCUUAGAAAUGAGUGCUGUUGGAGGCACGAGGGUGCCUGAGAGGAAGUCUCCCCUGAGCAUGGGAGCCGGAUUAACCCACAAAGGAAAGGAUGAUGUAGGAGAGAGGAGGGUGUUCAGGGGAACAAUAUCUCCCACGGAGUGUGGGCUCAGGGGAGGAUUAAGAAAAGAUUCCCAGUGGAGGGAGAGCCCCUUGGUUAGUAAUAAAUAUGAGGAGAGAACGGCAUCAUCAGAAACAAAAUCUCCAUUGAAUAAGGGGCUUGAACUUAGAUUAAAAAGACAGGAUAUUUCUAGGACCCCCUUGGAGAGGAGUAAUUUAGGAAUCAACAGGGUCUCAGCCUCACAGGAAACAAGACCUUCCCUGGGUGUGUUGCCAGAAAAUGAGUGUCUUCUGGCAAAGUGUUCUGGAAGGAGAAUACAGCAUCCCUCGGGUAUGGUGUGUGAAAGUCCGCAGGCUCUGGGGAGCAGGAGAGGUCCUGUGGCUGGUGCCCCUGAAGGCUUUGGGGCCUCAGGGGAGAAGCAGCAGGCUUUGGGUGUGGAACCUAGCCAGGAACUGGAAAAAGAACCCACCUGUGUGGUGAUGAAGCCCAGUGUAGAGAUGACGUCUCCCGUGGAGGUGGACAUUGGGUUGCCCCAACCAGAGGAGCCAGAUGCCAUGAAGAAUACAGAGCCCCAAAUGGGCUUGGUGAUAGAACCUUCUGAGUGCCAGUUUGCCCAACAACCUGAAGAGAAAACAGAGGCUGAAAACUUUGAACCAGGAGUAGAACCUCCAGAUCGCAUCAGACCCAUCUACUCUGGGAAAUUUUUUGAUCGAAUGCCGUGCUCUCCAAGUGCAGGGAAAGUUAUUCCGAUUGGAUACAGAGUUGCAACCUGCUUGACUGAAAAACUUCCAAGGCCAAUUACUCCACCUGAGGCAAAAAAAUUUUUCAACUUCAGAUAUCCACCUGCUGGAGCUGAAAGAGUAUUUUAUGGCAGAGCAAAUGAUCCUCAAAUUGCACAGUAUUUGACACAUGGAAUAAGAACUAAAGGUUCACUACCGGCAAAUGUAUUGAUAAACCCACAGCCUAUUACAACAUUUCAACAGAAAAUUAAAGAUAAAAAGGAAUCAAUAUAUUUUAGUAAUCAACGAGCACCAUUAGGAAAAUCUCAUGAUCAAUCACCAGGAUUACCUAAAGGCCUGGAUGUACUCAAUACGACAUUUGGAACAACAGUCAUCAGAGAUAUAUCUGCUCGAGAUGUGGUGAAUCCACCGAAACCCUAUCAUCAAGUAUUUAAAGAAGGAGAGGAAGGGCAUGACCUAUAUGUUGUUUCUCACAAUGAUUAUUAUGUGGGAGAAGCAAAGAACCGAAAGUAUAACCCAUCAACUUUCCAUAGGUUUAACCUGUACGGAGUCCCAACACCACAUUUUAAUGAUGGACGAUCCAUGGCAAAAAGUUUAUAUUGGCUCCAUGAAUUACAAAUGAAAAGAGGAGCUAAGGUUGUAUCCAAGAGAAUUGAUGAUUUCAAAGAAAAGUUUCAACAUAAACUUGGAAGAGUCUUUGAUCCCAUUGCAGAAACAAUGAAUGUUCAUCCGGACUACACAUUUGGAGCUUGUCUCCGUCCUGACAACUAUGGCUCUGAUGAUCUCAUCUAUAAUAGACUCCCGAGUGAAUAUCUUCGAGGCAAGGAUAGGGAGCGAGCCAUGGUUGCAGCAGUUCGUCAUCACUUGAAGAACGUUAACUGCGAAAGGUUUGACUCUUUGCUGACAGCCUUCAGGCACUAUGACAAGAAGGGAGAUGGGGUGAUAGAUAAAGAUGAGCUCCUGGAAGCUUGUGAGCAAGCCAACUUGCACUUGGAUGAGAAGCUCCUGGACCAGCUAUUUGACUACUGUGAUGUGGAUAAUGAUGGGCUGAUUAACUACCUGGAAUUUGCAAAUUAUCUUACCUGGAAAGAUAAAAUGCCUCUGAAAGAGUAUGAAGAGAGGGUUGUCAUUAAAGGUACAAAACCAGAUUGUGCAAACCCUGCUGAGGCUAAUACUGAAGAAUCAGAACCAACCCUCCUGAUACAGCCUGAAGACAUUGUCUUAAAUGAGAACUCAGAAAAGACUCUCCGGACACUUCUGAGGCCAAGGGAUAAGGUUUCCAGUCACUAUAAGACCACUUCUUCUGAUAUCAGUGCGGUUGUAGGAGCUGUCCCUACCAUGUGUUAUCCCAUCUAUGGUGUUCCAACCAUUCGAUCUGAUAUCCCUGUCCCCCGAAUUCGCCGCAUCAGUGAUAGAACGAAUUAUGGUGAAGAAGGAAAUGCCUAUUCAUUGCUAUAUCCUUCCAUCUUUAGCCAGAAAGGAGUGUUUGAAAGAGACUUCUUCCAAACCAGAUCCAAAAAAGAGAUUGCAGAGAUAUUAUGUAAGAUUGGUGUCAAGCUUUCUGAUGAAGAAUUUGAAAAUGUAUGGAAUCUUGCAUCAAAAAAACAUCACAGAGGAGAAGUCUGUAUUGAGACCAUUAGAAAUGUUCUAGAUGAGCUACGACAUGCAGAACGGGCUAAAUGUAAAACAACCAUGUGAUAUUUUGGGAGUUCAUUCAUUUAAAUAAAGGAAUUGUUAAAUCUA